GAACCGUGGCGUCUGCAGCUCCGGACUCGGUAACGUCCACUGGCCCCUUCUGGGCCGCUCUGUCUGGCCUGAGCCGGGCGCCCCGCGCCUCUCCCGGGCUCGCCUCCCAGACCCCCAGCGCUUCCUCUCGCCCAGCUUCGGAGCGCAGCAGCCUGUACCCUCCCCCUGGCCUAGGCCUGAAACCGGACUUACUUUGAGCCCCUCCAUCCCGUCCCUAGCUGCCCGAGCCUCCGUGUUGUUUCCAAGCGACUGCUCUGUCCCGUAAAAGUCAACUCAAGUUACAGUUUAAGUAGCGGGAGCAAACCCCAUGUUCCCCCGGCCUCUCACGCCACUGACAGCCCCGAAGGGCCCGGAGCCCCUGGGGCGGCCUUCAAGAAGGAGCCCCCCCGGUGGGGGGAGGGGGAGGGGUGGGUCCGGGGGCCCACCCCUGCUUCUGCCCUCCAUGCUGAUGUUUGGCGUGAUCGUGGCCUCCAGCGGGUUGCUGCUCAUGAUCGAGAGAGGCAUCCUGGCCGAGAUGAAGCCUCCGCCUUUGCACCCCCAUGGCAGGAUGGACCCAGUUUGGCGGAAGGGGGCAGCCGGAGGUCCAGGGAUGACGUUGGACCCUGGGGACCCCGACCACCAAGUUCGACAGGAUGUCCGGAAUCGGACCCUGCGGGCUGUUUGUGGGCAGCCAAGCAUGCCCCGGGACCCCUGGGAUCUCCCUGCAGGGCAGCGUCGAACUCUCUUCCGCCACAUCUUAGUGAGUGACCAGUACCGUUUCCUCUACUGCUAUGUCCCCAAGGUGGCCUGCUCCAACUGGAAGCGCGUCCUCAAGGUCCUGGCCGGGGCCCUGGACAGCGUGGACGUGCGGCUCAAGAUGGACCAUCGAAGUGACCUGGUGUUCUUGGCCGACCUGCGCCCGGAGGAGAUCCGGUACCGCCUUCAGCACUAUUUCAAAUUCUUAUUCGUCAGAGACCCGAUGGAGCGCCUCCUCUCUGCCUACCGAAACAAAUUUGGGGAGAUCAGGGAGUACCAGCAGCGCUAUGGCGCCGAGAUUGUCCGUCGCUACAGGCCGGGGGCGGGCCCCAGCCCUGCGGGAGACGAUGUCACCUUCCCCGAGUUCCUCAGAUACCUGGUGGAUGAAGAGCCGGAGCGCAUGAAUGAGCACUGGAUGCCCGUGUACCAGCUGUGCCAACCCUGUGCCGUGCGCUAUGACUUUGUGGGUUUCUAUGAGCGCCUGGAAGCCGAUGCCAACCGCGUGCUGGAGUGGGUGAGGGCACCCCCCACCGUCCGAUUCCCAUCCCGCCAGGCCUGGUAUCGGCCAGCCAGUCCUGAGAGCCUCCACUACCAUCUCUGCAGUACUCCCAGGGCCUUGCUGCAGGAGCUUUUGCCCAAGUACAUCCUGGACUUCUCUCUCUUCGCCUACCCGCUGCCCAAUGUCACCAGGGAGGCUUGUCGACAGUGACCAUCCCUCCAGGAGAAACCCUCCGGGAGCCCCAAGGCCCACCACUGCCCAGAUCCUGGAGUGCCCUGGGGGGUGGGAGGCAACGAUCCAGCCCGGGCUCAUCCUUCAAGGGUUCCUUCUGAGGGCUGCAGGCGUCUCCCCCCCAGGCAGGCCCAGCACUCAACAGUGACAU